GCGCCAUGGAGGUGCAAGCUGCGGCGUCUGCUCUAUCUGAGUCCGCACUGUCCCUUAAAACCGAAACCGUCGAUACGUCGUUAAGGCACGUUUUGGAGGCGGUAAAACUGCUUGAUAUCUCAUCUCCGUCUUUGAACAUCAUUGAAAAAAUUGGAUCUCGCCUUCGUAAACCGUUGCUACCGCUGUACCAACAUUGCACCGAUCCUGCGCUUCGAUUCUGCUCUGCUACCUUAAACUUUAUUUCGGUCAAGAAGGUCCAACCUGCUCUACUAGUUCAAGCUAAUAGCCUUGUUGUGGCUUGGCAAGCAACGCAGUCUGCCCUAAUUUCUGGUGUAUUAGAUUUCAUUGAACGAAAUCCUACAAACGAAAACAAGAAGAGCAUCGCUACAGAAUUAUACACCGUGCUCUGCGACGGAUACUUUUUGAGUACACCAACUGAGCGUCUAACGGUUGGCGUCAAUCUUGCAUAUAUCCUACUAACAGAGAGUGCAUCCCUGAAUGAAAAUCGACUCGUGCUACAAGAUCCAAAGCUGCUUGGAGCCAAAAGGAUCGGUGCUACGCUUGCAGGAUGCAAAGACUACUUGGCUAUAGAGGCACUCUUAGAGCUCUUUGCGAGUAUCCUGCCACCCACCACAAAGGGUGCAAAUGACAAGCGGCGGCGCUUCCUACAGCUGGUGUUCGAUCCAGAGCUCUUUGCCUGCGGGGCUCAACUAAUAAAGUCCUUAUCCUCGCCGUCGACCAUUGAUUGGGAGACAUUGUCGAUAGAGAUUAUCACAACACUAUCCAAGUCGGAUAUCACUUUUCCGCAACCCUUCAAGAUUGCGUCCUUGCAAGUUGCAGAUACCUUCCCCAAUGUGGAUAAUACCAUCUACCUUGACAAUAAAGGCUUCACGUCCAAUAUUGACGAGAACGGGACCUAUGAAACCUUUCAUGUUCCUUUCGCUAACGUUAAGAAGAUAAGAUUGAACGUGGCUGCUUCUUCGUUGCACACGGUUGUUACAGUGCAUCUAACAGCAUUUCCAAUCAUUGAUCGCACAACUGGAAGCCAAAAUCCUAAUCAAAAUGCAGUGCUAGUGUUCGAAAUUACCAGUACCGAAAAGGAAAGAUUCGUCAAGGGCCUGAAAGCUCGGAAAAUGGGCCCAAACAUCGUACCAAACGAAAGAAAAGCAUCGAAGCUUAAUGUCGACCUUCCAUUAGAUUUUACAUCUAACGGUCAAUCGUUUCCAGAAAAGGCUGGACGAGUGUUGGGUGUUGAGGCUUCUUCUGAUUAUCAUUUUCUUCAAACACCCUCUGUAUCGGCACUUCACGGCACUUUGCCUGCGUCGGCUGACGACCUGAAAUCCAUCGCUGUUGGGGGUGAUCAAGAUGACGCGGCACCGAAACCACCGAAAACUAGGCGCGCCCAAAAGCAGAAGGCUGUUGAAUCGGAUGACGAAAUCCACGAAAUACCACCAAUUCCCGUAGCUAAAGCCAUGCGACACUCGACAAAACCCCGGUCUUCGGAACAGCAUCCCCCAGUUCCUGCAGAACGCGUUACGCGCGCGCUUCCACAAUCGCGUGAACAUACGCCAAAUAAGAGCUUCCCGACAGCACAAGUUCACCGGGUUCAUUUUGGACGCACAGAGCAUACCUCUCCAAACAAAGCUAUUGAUGUCUCUGAACCCGAGGAGGACAAAUCGAAGCGAGCCACAAAGAUAGCGUCAACACGUUCAAUGACCACUAGAAAUUCUCCAUCGAAGAAACGGCAGCGAACUGCCGAGGUCGAGAAUGCUGAGGACCAGGACUCUCGUCCAUCAAAACGUCUAAGACCCCAAAACGCACCCAAAACCGAAGCUACUAGAGAAUCGAAAUCACCAGUUUUCAAGAAAUCCGUUAUUGCACCUAGACGUUACAAACGCAAGGGUCGAACCUCGUCACCCACCCCUUCCACGGCGGCCGAUAUGGAAUAUGAUAAAAUACCCUCUGUUUCUAGUCCCAAGCAAGCUACGUCAAACAUGUCAGAACAGCGACCCGUCUCGGCACCGUACUCUACUCGUGUCUCAGCUAUGAGAGGCAGAGGAGGGAAAGCGCUGGGCAAAGGGGUCUCUGUCAAGGCUGAGCCACCUCCAAUCCGAAAGGCUAAGGGCACUAAUCGGAACACCGUGAAGGAUGACCAAAAGGAAUUAAAGCCCACGCGUCGUUCAGAACGUGCCAAGAAAGUUGUAGACAAAACCACCAAAGCAAACGCCGUAGUCGAACACAGAUCGCCCACCCCUGUCAAAUCGGGACCGCAGAAUAGCUCCCUUGAAACAAACGCCGAUAUGAACACCAUCCAAUCCACAAUUCAGAUUGCUCUCGGACCCUAUCUCACGGACGCUUCUCCUACGGACCCUGAUUCGAUGGAGAUGGAGAUGCUUACUGACUUCAUUGUCCCGGUUAAAAUUGAGGAUCCAACUUCAGACGCCCCUUCUGCACCUUCCACCGUAGCAAAGAAUGUCACGAUGAUAGACUUGACAUUGGACGAUUCUCCUCCGCGUACAACCAAACCCAAGAAGGAUAAACAACGCCAGAAUCCUGCUCACGCUUUUACUCUCGAUGUGGGCCAAGAGUCGUCGAGAUCUGACGAUUCUAUGGCAAAGAAGUUGGAAAAGUCUCUGGAUGUUUCUCCGAAGGUUCUUGGUGCUACGCGCCGAGCUGUAGAGGAAGCCGCGAACGAGUCGACCAUACUGGACCAGCACAGCGGAUCCGUAGAGACCCGCACCAGGACAGAAAAACCUAUAGUAUCUCGGCAACCCUCGAUUCGACAAAGGCAAUCCAUUAGAACAUCCGACAGUAUCCUCAAUCUCGAUCGUAAUCCUAUGAUUGUGCAUACUACUGUUCCGCGUAUUCGUCCGUUGACUGUCACAAAGCCGGACGCGUCUCUCGGUGUCUCGUCUCCUACUUUGCCUUCCUCUGUUAAAGCUCCUGCUGGUAUCAGUUCCCGUCCGCACGACAGUAAUGAAAACACUGAUCCGAUAAACCAUACUCGUUGGCAAGAAACUCCGAUCUCCCUUUCAGAGCGAAAGAAGAGUCCUAUCCCUGUGAAACUCCUCGUUGAAGAAAAUUCUUCGGCCAAAGCUAAAACACCUCAUUCCAAGCAGAAAUUUGAUGUGCCCUUGAUGACGAUGUCUUCUCGCGGCGUGCCACUAUUCGACAAAACCAAUGCCCCCGAAUUUUCUUUCCGCACCGAACAAUAUUCUCCUCCGAAAGGAACUGCUAAGUCAUCCAAACAUGGUAUGUUCUGUUGCCUGUCUAUACCGGCAUCUGAUUACUGUUUCGCAGCUCGACCUACCAGGGAAGAUAAAGAAAACAGCGAACAGCGUCAGAGGCGAUACGAGGCACGUCAUGACAACCGUGGCGGCAAUAUAGAUCACGACAUCAUCCAAAUCUUGAGUGAAAUGCAGGAUGUAAUCGUGGACAAGAUUUCAAGACGCUUUGAUCACGUCAAGACAGACGUACGUGCGGGACGCAACUCCAUCCUUCGAGAAGCCGCACUUGAACUCGACAAAAUGCGAACAGAAAGUAUCCAACACUUCAGGAGUCUCUUUGACUUCGAAUCUGAGUAUUCUUCCUGCAUCCGAAACUACACUAAUGGCUUGGAAGAUUUGCACAAGGUAAAUCAUCAAAUAACGCGUCGAAUUGGAGAAAUACUGCAUACACAUGAUCGUCGUUCGCUGUCCAAAGUCUUUCCUGCUUUGUCUCCUCCUCCUCCUCGUGUAUUGCGUCCAUCGUUCUGAUACCAUAUGCUAUGUCCUUUGCUUGUUAUAAUGUACCAAAUGUCUGUUAUGUAAAUACUUGAAUUGCUAAGUUAGGACUUUGGCAGUUAAAUUUGAAUUGACCUCUUGACCGGCGGUGACG